AUGUCAGAAGACGGACCACCUCUCUUUCGGCCCAUCCCACGGCGGCCUUUCCCGGUCAACAUCAACCUCACGACCGCAACACCACCAGAGGACUAUGAAGAUGACAGCACUGGGCUCCCCCCAUCCAAGUCGAACCUCGACCUUUUCAGAUCUCGUUUCCUCAAUGUAGGAUACAAAACGCCCACAGAAGCCGGCUCCUCCAUCAGCCGCCCUCCAUCAUAUAUGAACCUCACAUCCUCGACCCUCUAUGGCAUUUACUCGCCCACCACCACUUCUCGAGCUUUCCAUGACAGGGACGAGGAUGAUACUCCCUGGGGUACAGGGGCGCAGACCCCGAUCAGAAGACCCACCCUCGAUGAUGUGACGUACGAGCUCAUGAAGGAGAGAUCGCAUCUUGGCCGCAGACCAUCCGUCUACCGAACAGUUGACACUACGAUCCCCCAUGCCGCGACACCGGCCUCGGCGUCGCAUGCACCGAUCUCAACGACGAGGCGUGCUGCCUUGCUUCUCUCCCUCGGCGUUGGAUACGGCAUGGUCUUGACUCGAUUGCAGGACAACAGCCAGUGGCCCAGCCUCCCUGCAGGCAUGAUCCAGCCCAGACAGGACAUGUACUAUCUUGCUUUCUGGGGUAUUUCUGGUGUUGUCCUCGGAUCCCUCCUCCCCUGGAUCGACAAUGUGUGGGAAAGCACUUUUGGCCGUGAGGUGGAAGAUGAUGCGAGCACUGCCUCUUCAGCAGAGCCCGAUGCUUCGACGGACUGGACCCUGGUGAUGCGCGCGAUUGGGGCCUUUGUUGGUAUUGUUUUCGCUAUUCGCAAAUUGACUUGGACUUCAAGUCUUCAGGCGUCUCUCGCUCUCGCCCUCGUCAACCCGCUUCUGUGGUGGAUCAUUGAUCGCUCAAAGGCCGGCUUCAUGCUCUCCACGCUCGUUGCUGUGCUGGGCUCGGCUGUCUUCCUAGGCGUCAACCCGGACAUGAUGCCCGCCCCCUCGGGACUCUUCCACCCAGGCGCGGCUGCAAGCGCAGGAAACAGCAGCUACGCCAUCGAUUCCGAGCUCUACUCGGCUCUUAGCGGCAUCGCCAGCCAGGAAACCGUCGAGGCGGGUGUUUGGAUGCUGAGCGUACUGUUCUGCAGCAGCAUCUGCUUCGGCAACAUCGGCCGCCGCCUCGUGUCCGUGUCCGAGGGGACUGGUGUUGGCAAGGGCCGAUGGGCCGGUACGCAAUAA